AUAAACUAACGAUAGCUUUACAAAUAAAUGGCAGGGAACCUAACGGGGAACAAAGCGAAGAAAAUGAUACAAUACAAGCUGGUAGCCAGGAAGACAAUGAGUGCGAAACAAUUAAAUUAAAGGCGAAAAUUAAUGCGAUUAAUGAUGAUAAGAUAAUUAAAGAAUUACCACUACAGAAUACAAUCUAUGAAAAUAGUUGUACUAAUGCAGAAAGUGAAAUGAAAAAUCUGGAAGUUGUGAGGAAUUAUUAAACGAGAACAGCUCUACCAUUGCCAUUCAUGAAGUCGAGAUAUCGCCAAACAUGGAAAAUGGUAAUUUAGAAUGCUCUUCUAAUGAUUGCGUGUGUUUUUGUAAUGGUGAGGAUGGUGCUCAUCAUGUAUUGUCGAUUGUGGAAAAUGGAUUCUUUAGUAAUCAUAGCAGUAGUGGUAAUAAGGAAUCUGAUGAUGAUGACGAGAGAGAUGGAGAGGAUGAUGAGGAUAUUCCAGAUAAUGGUGAUGACUAUGCAGCUGACGAUAUUGAAGAGAGUGACCUGCCAAAUUAUUCACGCAGCUGUGUGUAUGAGGAACGUAUAAUAGAUUUUGAAAAUUUUCGCAUAAUCGAACAAGUUAUCGAUAAUAAUUGUGAGGGUAAACAUACUGCCGCUAAUAAUGUGAAGUGCAGAAAUGCUAUAGAGUGUAAAGGUAAUUUAAAGGAACAACUGGCAAAUGUAACUGAAACUGAAUCGAAGGAGACGGAGGAGGAAGCCAAUGCCCAACUAGAAUUACCUAGUGGCUCCCAAAUAUACAGGCUUCGACACCCAUAUAUGUCAAUCCUUCUUUAAAUUUCUCCUGCUCUGAACUGGUGGCCUUUAUUGGCGAAAGCUAUCAAGUCAUUGAUAAUGCUCAGGCGUUUUAUAAUAAUGAUAAAACGAGUAAACCUAAGAAGUCUACACAAUUUAAAACGAAAUCUGAAUCCUGUUCGGUGGGUAAUUCACCCUUUAAGCGUAGUAAACGUUCGGGUUUUGGUUCGGGAAAUGCUUCGACAUCCAAUCGUAGUGUGGAUGAUAAUAACAAUACGGCGCGUGUUACGGGUAUAACUGCAGCGGAACGUUUAAUGCAAAGUUUAAAUUGUGAUGUAUCGCGGGAAUUGACUCAAACGAAACGUGUCGAAAAACGGGAAAUUAAGACGAAAAGUAAACCCACGGUUAGUGUUAAAACAGCCACGCCUACCAAAACUCUUUUGAAGGCUUUAAAGUCUAAGUUGACACCUUUGGCACCGCCAUUUCAGCCAGCAGCCAAUAAAAGUAAAGAGGCCAAGCUUACAAGCGGAGCUUCCAGCUCAGCUACUUUAGUAAAUUAUGAGCAAACCACCAUCUACUAUCACCAGAAUGCCCAACAGCAGCAGCAGCAGCAGCAGCAACAACAACAACAACAAAUUUUGGCCAACAACAUGUUGCAAGCUUUGUGCUUAAAUACAGCAAAUCAACAGCAUCUAUUGCAACAACAACAACAGGUGUCACCCUCACAACAACAACAGCAAUUGUUUCUAGCUCAACAGCAUCAUCAUUUGCAACUCCAACCGUCACCAGCACCACCACAACAUCAGCAUAUUUUACAGACCCAUAAUCCCACUCAUCCACAACAUCACCAUCAACAACACUGUGCUCAAAAUAUUUUGGCAAUGUCUGCUGCCUCUUUAGCAGGUCAGGGUAUGCCCCACAUACACCUGCCAACUGCUGCCGCAGCUUCAGCAACAAAUAAUAAUGGCAAUUUAUCAUCAACGGCAACAGCUGCUACUGCUGUUAUUAAUGUGGCCGCAACAAAUCCGGCCUCUCACCAUCACCAGCAUCACCAUCUUCUACCGAUACAUUUAAUAUCGGCUGUUGGUAGUACAGGAGGUAGUGGUGGUGGUGUGACCUCCUGGCCUUUGCUAGAACCUAACAAUUCAGCCAGUAACAAUGCUACAGCCACAGUUACAACAACACCCAUUUAUAUGGAUUUUAAUGGUGAAUUACGUUCAAUAUGUCCAGCUCAUGGACCACCACCAACAGCUGUUACAAUUACAACACCCCUGGCGCCAAUAACAAAUCAAGCAUCAACUGCAUCAACAUCUAACCCCAACAACAUAAUGCAGCAACAAAAUACAGUUUGUUUAAAUCCUUCACAAUAUCCGUUAACUGUAACAGCUCAAUAUCAUGCUGCAACACAACAACACCAACAAAAUCAGGCACAACUUCAUCACCAUCUUCAGCAACAACAUCAUCAUCAUUCGCAUCAUCUAACUCAGCAACAACUUCAUCAGUCAUCGUUGGCAAAUUCACAAAAUUCUCCAUUACGCAUAAAAUCAACUGCUUCAACUCAGGCCUCAAACUCUUCAUCGUCGUCCUCAUCUACAUCGGCAGCAGCAACGACAUCUUCAUCAACGGCUGCUGUAGCAACUACUUCUACACCUCCUCGUGUUGUUCUGCAAUUGGAUGCUGGCGUUUCAUUGCCUCUACAGAUUGCUGGCAAACGCAAGAUAUUUCGGG